GUCAGAAAGGGUAGACUAGGAAACAAAAGCAGAGUCAACAAAAGCGAAGGCCGGAAAGCGCAAUAAAAAAAAAAUUGCUAUCAGAACAAAAUCAGCAGAACAUUUCACAAACUGAUCAAUCCGCAGCUGCUUUAUAGCCACCAAAAAGAUGAAGUAAUUUUUCAGCCUUCUCUUGCUUGCAUUCUUGCAUGCUAGUAUUCUCAAAUAUCUUGGAAAAACAAAAAAAUGGUACUAGAGGACGAGUAAAAUGGGAUGAGGAUAAUCUGGGGGAGAUCGAAGCAAAUAAGCCUGAGAGGCAGAAAAUCACUGAACCCAAGACCCCGUAUCACCCCAUGAUUGAUGUUGAUGAUGAUUCUCUUUCCCCGAGGAGGGGCAGCAGCUUUAAUGAGGUUGCUGAGGAUACAAUGCGUGCCGAAGAAUUGAGGACUGCAUUGGAUAUCAUGGCUUCCUCAAGUAGAAACCCAUCUAGAAGAUCUAGUGGCUGGACCUCCUCAGAGGAUGAGGUUGAUCCUAUGGAACAAGAUGAAGAAGAUUCUGAAACGGAUAGGAGUUCAAAUUUUAGGGAGCACAGACGAGCACAUUAUGAUGAGUUCCGGAAAGUGAAGGAACUAAGGUGGAAGGGUUCUUUCUUGGAGGAUGAAGAAGAAGAAAAUGGUGAUGAGAAGGAGGGCACUUCAUCAUUAACCACUGGUGUGAGGGAUAUAGAAAUUGAAGGUGCUGCAACUACGCAUCAAAAUUCUUCACCUCCAGCUAAUGGGGUUUAGAGGCUGUUAAACCAAACCGACGCUUGAGAAACUGACUGUUUUGGUGCUUCUAUGGUAUUUGUUCUAAAACAAGAUGUAUCGCACCUGAUUUGUGUGUUUUCAUGCAAUACUGUUCAAAUCACGAGUUGACCUGCGGUCAACUUAUGUUUAUAGUGUCGGUAUAAAAAUCAAAAACCAGCAAAAUCAAUAGAUUUGACAAUGGUGGCUUAUGACUUGAUGUAAACUGUAAUUGCAGCCCUGGUUCAGUGUUUGAUUGGAAGGUUAAGAGACAGGGAGCUUAGGCCAAGGUUAACAUGGAAGCUGGAUCAGGCAUGCCCAUGGACAUGGCUCGUCCACUUUUAUGUUUUCUUGUAGUUUACUUCAACCCUCUUACUGUUAAAAGAUAAAAGCAUUCAUCU